AUGGCCACUGUAACAGAAGAAACCUACAGAAACAGUGCUGAUUACUUGAAAUCCAAAUUACCAGCCGAUUUCCAGGAACCAAAGCUUGGCAUCAUUUGUGGAUCUGGUUUGGGUGGAUUAGUUGACACUAUCGAUCAAUCAACCUGUGUUGAAUUUCUCUAUAAGGACAUUCCAGGUUUUGUCUCUAGCACAGUUGUUGGUCAUGCUGGUAAACUUGUAUUCGGUCAUUUGGGUGAAUCACGUGUUCCCACCGUCUUUAUGGUCGGUCGUUUCCACUUUUAUGAAGGCCAUAACUUACGUCAAGUUACGUUGCCUGUACGCGUGAUGGCAUUGUUGGGAGUGAAAAAUCUCAUUGUCACCAAUGCAGCUGGUGGUCUUCAAGACAAUCUCAAAGUGGGAGACUUUAUCAUUAUCAAUGAUCAUAUCAAUUUGCCCGGUAUGGUGGGCAACAAUCCCCUUCUUGGUGAAAACCUUGAUAUUUUCGGCCCUCGUUUCCCUGCUGUUUCAGACGCUUAUACAUAUGCCCUUCGUAAAUUAGCCUUUAAGGCAGCUUUUGAAAUCGGUAUUAAAGAGGAAGAUAUCCGUGAGGGUGUAUACUGUAUGGUUUCUGGCCCAAGCUUCGAAACUCGAGUGGAAGCUCGAUUUUUGGCUUCUUUAGGCGGUGAUGCUGUUGGCAUGUCCACUGUACCUGAAGUUAUCAUUGCUCGACACGCUGGUAUGAAAGUUUUGGGUAUCAGUUUGAUCACAAAUGCAGUCGUUAGAGCAAGGGGUAAAGAUGCCAAGUUAGAGAUAUUGCGCGAAAUGGGGCAAUCCACAACAGUGGACAAAGAAGAAGAUAGCGAGAAGGUCAUUGCUAACCAUGCUGAAGUUUUAGAAACAAGCUCUAAACGUUCUGCUGACAUGCAGCGUUUAGUUACACAAAACAAAUUUAACAUGUACAACUUGUCAAAGGUUGCCCACAGACGUCUUUUCCCUACCUUAGCGCGUAACACCGGUGCUAUCUCUACAACUGCUCGUGCCUACAGCCAAGGCGUCAAUGGUCCUGUUAUCGGUAUCGAUUUAGGUACCACUAACUCUUGUGUUUCUGUUAUGGAAGGUAAAAACCCUAGAGUUAUUGAAAACGCUGAAGGUGCCCGUACAACUCCCUCAGUCGUCGCCUUCACCAAGGAUGGCGAAUUAUUAGUCGGCCAAGCCGCUAAGCGUCAGGCCGUUGUCAAUUCUCAAAACACAGUCUAUGCUACUAAGCGUUUAAUUGGUCGUCAGUUCAAGGACCCUGCCGUCCAAGCUGAUAUCCCUGCUGUCUCCUACAAGAUUAUUCCUCACUCCAAUGGUGACGCUUGGGUUGAAGCCAACGGUAAGAAGUAUUCUCCUUCGCAAAUUGGUGCUUUCGUUUUGGGUAAAAUGAAGGAAACUGCUGAAGGCUAUCUUGGCAAGAAGGUGAAGCACGCUGUCAUCACUGUACCUGCUUACUUCAAUGAUGCUCAACGUCAAGCUACUAAGGAUGCCGGUAAGAUUGCCGGUCUUGACGUCAUGCGUGUCAUCAACGAACCUACGGCUGCUGCCUUGGCCUAUGGUCUUGACAAGUCUGGCGAUUCUACCAUCGCUGUUUACGAUUUAGGUGGUGGUACUUUCGAUAUUUCCAUUUUGGAAAUCCAAAACGGUGUCUUUGAAGUCAAGUCUACCAAUGGUGAUACCGCCCUUGGUGGUGAAGAUUUCGAUUCUCAUCUCGUCCGUUACGUUGUCAGUGAGUUCAAGAAUGAAUCCGGUAUUGAUCUUUCCAGCGAUCGUAUGGCUAUUCAACGUAUUCGUGAAGCUUGUGAAAAGGCCAAGAUUGAAUUGUCUUCUACUGUUCAAACCGAUAUCAACUUGCCUUACAUCACUGCCGAUGCUACUGGACCCAAGCAUAUUAACACCAAGUUAACUCGUGCCAAGUAUGAAAACCUCGUUGGUGAUCUUAUUCAACGUACUGUUUCUCCUUGUGAAAAGGCCAUGAAGGAUGCUGGUAUCUCUAAUAAGGAUGUCAGUGAUGUUAUUUUGGUCGGUGGUAUGUCACGUAUGCCUAAGGUUAUUGAAACCGUUAAGAGUGUCUUCAGCAAGGAACCCUCCAAGUCUGUCAAUCCUGAUGAAGCCGUUGCUAUCGGUGCCGCCAUUCAAGGUGGUGUCCUUGCCGGUUCCGUUACUGAUAUCUUAUUGCUCGAUGUUACUCCUCUUUCCUUGGGUAUCGAAACUCUCGGUGGUGUCUUUACUCGUUUGAUCAACCGUAACACAACCAUUCCUACCAAGAAGGCUCAAGUUUUCUCCACAGCCGCUGAUGGCCAAACUCAAGUUUCCGUCCGUGUCUUCCAAGGUGAACGUGAACUUUGUCGCGAUAACAAGCUCUUGGGUGAUUUCAAUUUGACCGGUAUUCCUCCUGCUCCUAAGGGUGUUCCUCAAAUUCAAGUAGAAUUUGAUAUUGAUGCUGAUGGUAUUGUCAACGUUAGUGCUAAGGAUAAGGCUACUGGCCGUGAUCAAUCAAUGACCAUUGCCGCUUCUUCUGGUUUGAGCAGCGACGAAAUCGAAAAUAUGAUUCAACAAGCCGAAGCUAAUGCUGAAGCUGAUCGUCAACGUCGUGAUACCAUUGAAAUGGCCAACCGUGCCGACUCCGUUAUGAGUGAAACUGAAAGAGCUAUGGAUGACUUCAAGGAGCAACUUGAUAAGGCCGAAGCUGAUAAGUUAAAGGAAAAGAUUGAUGCUCUCCGUGCUGAAGCCUUGAAGGCUCAAUCCGGUGACGUUGCCAUCAAGCCUGAAGAUCUCAAGGCUAAGAUUGACGAUCUUCAAACGAGCUCUUUGAAGCUCUUCGAAAUGGUUUACAAGAACCGUGCUGCCCAAAACGAAGGCACUCAACAAACUGACAGCAAUGCCAACAACAAUAACACUGAAUCCAAGUAA